UGAAUAAUGUAAAGAGUUGGAUUAGUAAUUAAGUGAUCGAGAAUUAUAGAAAGCGCGUUACCCAUUUUUUCACUUUUGGUUUCUCUUCUUCAAUCACUCUUUCUUCCUCAAUUUCCUCACCUUCUUUUUCAUUUUCUUUUUUUCUCUCUCGCAUUUUCUCAAACAGUUUCUACCCCAUUUCCAAUGCUUCAUCCCCUUUGAUUCUUCUUCUUCCUCCAUUUCAAUGGUUGACAACGGCGAGGAGAAGCUGCUGGCUAUGGCUCGCCACAUAGCCAAGACCAUGGGUCGUAACGAGUCCAUGGCUGAUGAUAUUCUCCAGAUUUUUUCCAAUUUUGAUGCUAGGUUUUCCCUCGAUAAGUUGUCUGAUAAACCCGAUGAGCUUGACCCAAGAGCCCCCGCCGCGUUGCAGCGCUCUCUCAAGUCUUUGGACCGCCGGAUCUCUCAAUACUUGGCCGCCGACCACCCCAUUUGGGCUGACUCCGCUGAUUCCUCUGCUUUUCUUGACGCUAUCGAUGAGUUGAUGGCUAUCAUUAGAGACUGGGCGCCUAUGUCUAAAGAUAACUCUGUUGCCACCUACCUUGCUCGCGCCGACGAUCUGAUGCAGCAGGCUAUGUUCCGUGUCGACCAGGAGUUCCGGUCCUUGAUGGACCGUGGAGGUGAGUCUUUUGAAUUGACUCGCCAUUUCAGGAACGGCGAGUCAACGGGCGAUUUCUGCUUCGAUUCUGAGGAAGAUGACGAAGGAAUUCUUGGCGAUGGCGAUGCUCUCCAGAUCCCUGUGGCGCAGCCGGUGACGGAUUACAACAUCGUUAUUGAUGCGCUCCCGUCCGGGACUAUCAGCGAUCUCCAUGAAAUAGCGAAGCGUAUGGUGGCGGCUGGGUUCGAGAAAGAGUGUUCCCACGCUUACAGUAGUUGCAGGAGGGAGUUCUUGGAGGAGAGUCUUUCUAGGUUGGGGUUACAGAAGCUGAGUAUCGAUGAAGUUCAAAAGAUGCAAUGGCAAGACCUUGAAGAGGAGAUUGAACGGUGGAUGAAAGCGAUUACCGUCUCCCUUCGAAUUCUCUUCCCAAGCGAACGACGCCUCUGUGAACGCGUCUUCGUCGGCCUCUCCACCACCGCCGAUCUUUCUUUCAUGGAGGUGUGCCGUGGAUCGACUAUUCAGCUAUUGAAUUUUGCAGAUGCGGUAGCCAUUGGCUCCCGCGCCCCGGAACGACUAUUCAAAAUCCUCGAUAUGUUCGAGACCUUAAGAGACUUGAUGCCGGAGUUCGAUUCAGUAUUUUCAGAUCAGUACUGCUUGUUGCUUAGAAAUGAAGCAAUUACAAUCUGGAAAAGGUUAGGCGGAACAAUCAAAGGGAUCUUCAUGGAGCUUGAGAAUUUGAUCCGCCGUGAUCCGGCUAAAACUCCGGUACCAGGGGGCGGCCUUCAUCCAAUCACUCGAUAUGUGAUGAAUUACCUUAGAGCAGCUUGUAAAUCACGGCAGACUUUGGAGCAAGUUUUCGAAGAAGCUUCUCUUCCUUCUAAGGAUUACACCAAGCUCGACGACAGAGCCGCAGCAUCAUCUUCCUUAUCCGUUCAAAUGGAUUGGAUCAUGGAGCUUUUAGAGAGCAAUUUAGAGGCGAAGUCAAAAAUAUACAAGGAUCUUUCCUUAAGCUCUGUGUUUCUAAUGAACAAUGGGAGAUACAUUGUUCAGAAAGUGAAAGACAGUGAAUUAGGAUUGGUUUUAGGCGACGAUUGGAUUCGAAAACACUCGGUUAAAAACCGGCAAUACCUUGGGAACUACCUGAAAGGCUCAUGGAGCAAGGUGAUCGGAGCAUUGAAAGUGGACAGUGGCACUUUAGCUCCGGCCGUGAUGAAGGAGAAGCUUCAAUCAUUCAAUAUGCAGUUUGAAGAAAUCUGCCAAACUCAAUCCACAUGGGUGAUAUUUGAGCAUCAGCUUAGAGAAGAAGCAAGAAUCUCAGUUGCCAAAAUCCUAUUGCCAGCAUAUCAAAAGUUCAUAGCAAGGUACCAGAGUUUGCCAGAGUUGUCGAAGCGAACAGACCGGUAUUUGAAGUACACGGCGGAGGAUAUGGAGGCUCGAAUCACUGAGCUGUUCGAAGGAGGAGGCGGCGGCUCAGGCAGUGGAAGGAGGUAAAAGGGUAAGUCACCAAUGUUAAAUAUUUGCUUGUAUAUCUAUACAAAUGCCAUGUUUCAUAAAUCUUUUGGCUUAGAGAACUGGGCAAAGAAAUUUUUGGCUAAGUUGUAAUUGGUUUGAUCUGGGUAUAACUGCAAUUGCAACUGUUAUGUGUAGGGGCCAUUCUGAAUUAUGAUUAAAUUUCAAAGCUUUGAAGCUUUUUCUUGAAUGAUUGAUAAUGGUGGAUUAGAAGAAAUUACUGGGC